CGACGGAAUAUUUGUAUCACCAUGGAACAAGCUUAAAAGAUUACCUGAAAUUAAUUUCAUGCAGGAUAGCCCCUUUAAACUUUCCCAGGUUACUUUUACUGUAUUUUGCUUAUCUAUGAGGCGAAAGUAGUCAAACUUCAGCUUUUUUGGACAGCAAGCGGAAGGCUGGCAGUUGAAAAAAGGUCGGUAUUUUACCUAAUUGUUUAUUCAGCAAUAUGUUGACGUUCAUGAAGCGGGGCAGAAAUCCUAAACUUUUCUAGAUCAACUAAGCGUCUCAAAGAAUGUGAAUGUUUUUAUGCUCGGCGAUUACUUUCGUGAAGGCAUUGGUGGCAUCUUAUUGUGAAUGAUAGUCUCCACUUUAAUACAACUAUCUCGGAAGAAAGUUUCUUGGUGCUACGGUGUGUAUGUUUGCGUCAAGGAAUGACAGAACUGACUUUUUUUUCGACACAGCACUGUUUAAGCAAUUCUUAGAAAAGUUAUCAUCAUCACUAUGUUCUCACAAUUGGAUGGAAGGAUGAAAAACUCAGUCGCGAGUGAGAAUUUAUGAUGAAUUAACUCAGACAGUAAUUUUAAAAGUUAUUUAAAAAAUUGUGCUUUCUGUUUGUUUUAAAAAGCAAUUGAAAUGAUCCUUUAUAGUUUACAUUCUUUUGUAACUCCGCAUCAAACGCUCCUAUAAGCAAAAAGUUCUAAACACUGACAGGAGGCUAUUACCCUGGGCCUCUGACACACAGGUUUUUUACUUGCAAAUUUGCGAUGUCAUUUUUGUUCAUGAUUUAUUCACUUUAAUUUGACGCUUUGAAGUUGCUGUAAAUUUAAUUGGCCACGUGUACACGGCAUGUCUGUGUACCCGGGCAAGCCCAUGUGAUUUUGUAAUCUUGCCCAUGUAGGGGACCCGGGGGAGGCUCUCAGCAAAGUCUUAUAUGGCAUGGAUGGGCUCCCCACCCGAAAUCCAACUCCUCACCCUUAUGUAUACCAUUUCCGAAAAAAAAGAAACCCAUUUCGUAUAUCUUCCAUUGACAGUGAAAAAUGGAAUGAAUUUCCGCAUAUACCCAAGAAACACUUCAUCCCCUGUUGCGUAAUUGGCCUUUCUUUUUAUAUAGCAAAGAACGCGAAUAAAUCAGAAAGCCCUCUUGUCAUUUCUACAGCCAUAAGAUACGAGUCUGUUAAAUACAAUCAAACCCUGUGAAUAAGGACACUGAAAGGACCAUAGACAGUGUUCGUAUUAAUGGGGUGUCCGUACUAAGUGGGUCAUGUUGUCAAAGUCAAAAAACACCUUUUAUUAGAACAAAAUAAGAAAACAAUAAAUGACGACAUUAGCGUAGUCAAACAGCCUGACAUCUCUAAUCUUCUCAAAGCCGUCAUUCCGAGGAAAAAUCUACGGAAACACUCCAAAUUUACUCACUAUACUACCAUGAAAACAAAAACCUUCUCUGCAUAACUCGUUUGGUGCCAAAAUAGUCUGAAAUUGACGUCUACAAAUCAUCGUCUCUUGUGCUAUGUAGCACUGGAACAUCGUCACGAUGUCACCUAAAGGCUUUUUUUACCUUCAGAAAGGAAAGGUCUAUUACAGAACACAGUUGACAAUGAAGUGUUGGUAGGGAAAAAAAAGGGUCCGUUGUCCGCAUUAACCGGUGUCCGUAUUUAAAGAAAGUGUAAGGGCUUUCUCCCGGGACAAAUAAAACUGUCCUUAUUCUAAUAACGAGGUGACCGUAUUAAGCAGGUGGCCGUAAAGCCGGAUUCAACUGUACUUAAAAGAAAAUUGAAAGGCCUUUUUAGAUACCGAAAGGACAGAUUUGGAAGGACAGACCUAAAUUUGGAAACCGCUGAAUUUCUCGAAUUGGGUGUUUGCGAGUUGGUGAAACUCUAUUCAGCGCAAAGCACUAAUGCGUACUAUGUGUAGCAGAGAGAUUUUCACGAAAAAAUGCCGGCAACAGCAGAUUUUCGACUCAGACAUCAAAGGGGCGUGGCAUUAUAACCACGUGACAUUUACUCCGAUCGCCAAAAAUUUUACGUUAUACUGUAGAUUGAUCUAUGUGUUAUCCAUUACGAUAAAAGUAAAGGUGGGGAUACCAGAGAGCUUCAAAGUAGGAUGGUACCCCCCCCAAAAAACUGGGUCGAGUCACCUUAAACACCUUUCUCAUACUUGAAUCCUGAAAAAGGUGCCCCUUUCGAGCCCGCUCGUAUAGGCAAUUAUGCGGAGUUCUCCCUCUGCCCCGGGGCGCAUUCACACGAGAAUGUUGUUUGUAUCUGUUUACGAAGCUUUUCCACUCUGGAAACAUCUUACCAUCGAUGAUCGGUAAUAAUGUGUGAAUGAGAAUUCAAGGGUAAAGGUGUGCGAGUAUCAUAACCAAAAAUGCCCCACUCCGUUCCAGACUAUAACUAUAAACCAAAUACUCCAAUUCUUUAUCUUGAAAUCACCGAUCAGCUUCUGGUAACUGAUAACGGUUUCCUGGAAAAGCCGUAUCAAGGAUCAGGGACGCAGGGAUCAGUUGAAAAUAUAUCAAAUAAAUUACCCCCACGUGACUCAGAGCAUUGCGCAUACGUCUCAGUUUUCGCCUACUGACUAGCUAUUGAACAGCUAUUGAGCAUACGUGACUCGUAUGCUCAAGCAAAAAUAAAUCUGCGAUGAUUUCGAUGACGAAUUCCCCUUGUAGCACAAACAUGUCAAUUACGUCUGUUUUUCUGCGAAUCACAAGAAUUUACCCGGUGAUUGAUGCACGAGAUAACAUUCGCCAAUCAAGGGAACAUAAGUAAGUGUGCCAGGCUAUUCUACGCCAAACGUCUCUGAUUUCCAAGCCCUAUUCUAGGACAGACGUUUGGCAGGCAUUUUUAGGGGAGCUCGUAUUUCUUCCCUCCCCACAAACGGGGGGAUCGACGUUUCGCGAAACGUCCCCUAGCGACGAUGAGCGAGGGGAAACGUCUGUUUCGCAGGCUAAUUCCAGGCAAAACUGACUGAAGUUAUUUACCGCUCUUAGCUGAUAGGAUCCGGGGGUACUCCCUUACAAGAGGCUAAUGGGGAUGUGCCGCUGGAUAGGGUCGCAUUUUCACGACUGGAGUGACUAUAAUGGGGUCGCAUUUUCAAUAGAUUCACUAGAAUGGGGUCGCAAAUUUUAGGAUUUUGGGGGUAAGGAGGGAUUCAAAAUGGGAAGAUUUUCGGUUAUAAAAUCAGAAAGUCGUUGUUUAUUAAAUUUAACUAUAAGCUCGCACUGACCGCAUUACAUUCCGCCGCUUGAAACCACAUUGAUAAGGUCAGGAUGCAUAAAUAGAAAGUGACUAAGUUGGGAUCGCGAAAAUUACAUUUUCCAAAAAGUGACUAAGAUGGGGUCUAUAAUUGGCCAAAAAAUAGACUAUAAUGGGGUAGGGGCUCUAAGGGGCCAGCGGCACAUACUCAGCAAACAUUAACCCAAGUACCCCCCCCCCCGGGGAUAGGAUGCGCGAAGUUUUUUCCCGAAGGGAAGCCUCCUGAAAAUAAUCUUCUGUUGUUAAAGGGUUGCAAAACAAUGGUUUAUUGGCCUCCAGUAAAUUCAACGCUGACGUUUUGAGCUCAAUCUUUUCAUUUUUCAUACGCAAGCUCAUAUCUCUCGUCAGGGUCAUGGUGAAAAUAACCAGAACUUGAUAUAUCACAUACUCGACUUCUGUCCAGACACAAGACAGAUGAAAAUCUCCGGUCACAAGAAAGACGACUGGGACCGCGUCAGAAUUUCUUCCUCAAAUUCCUUAUCAUUUACAAUCUGUUAGUGUUUUACACUAAGGUUGCUAAAACCGAUGUAUUAUGCAAAUGAUCGGUAACACAGUCUGUAUCGGAACUAACUCUCCAGCUUUUAAUUUAUACGGCCAAUGACUGGUUAUGGUGCUGUUGACUUUAUUUCUUCGCUGUCUAACGCACAAACAGAUCUAUCACAGACGUUCACGUUCUUAGGAUUUGGUCACGUGUUUCUCUCCAGGCACGUCCGGUUUCUCGAAAGGCCAGAACUUUAAUUUUCGGACCAAAAGACAAAUUUUAAAAUCCAAACCUGUUGAAUACUAGCACAGUUCCUAGCCCACAAACCAGUCAAUUUUGUUUCGUUGACUGAUAGUUUCAUUGUAUUAUUUUAAAAUUAUUGAAACGUUGAUCUUGAAUUUAAACACAACAAAUAUAAAACAACUUUCCGUGCAAGAACGUCAUUGGGACUUUCGAGAAACAGCCCCAGGAAGGUACGUUCAUGGGGAGAAUUGCGCAACAAGCAUCUCUGCGUGAGUCUGGCUAAACCUUUUAUUGACUGUGCAUGUGGUAGUUGUUUCAUUAUUUGACUCGAGUUCUGUAUGCAGAGAGGUAAAUUUUCACAAAUUGCCUGCCAGCACUGACACAGUUCUUGUUUUACAGGCCUAGACGGUAAUGAAUAGUCAAGUACUUCUCGUUGUAGCAGUUCUCUUCGCCUCUGCCUCCAUCACAAAUGGUGAUCAGACAAAAGGAAUCAGGAGUCAAGGACAAUUCGGUAAGUCAUCUCUAAUUAUGUUAUUGAUGCUGGGUUAAAUUUAGUAAGAGAAGUUUGAGAAUGUUCUAAAACGACACUUACUGCAAUGGUAAAGAAGAAGAAACAAUCGUCAGUCAACUUAGUUAAUUCAUCUCGGGUAUUUUCACCCCACCUAUGAUGUAUCCUCUCGAAUCCUCGAUCACAAGCGGCAUGUAUUAAGACAACGCAUUCCUUCAAUAAUGUUCACUAUUAAAAUUAUUCAUUGAAAUUGUUCAGUAGAAUGACAGACCCAAUAAUACAGAACAAUUCUGAACGAUUGGACGAUAAAGACGUCGUGUAUUCUGUAUUCCAAAGACUUAUUGGUCACAUGGUGAUCGUGGUUUUCAUAAAUAAGGUGGUAAAGAAAGGGUUUAGAUCACAUUUCACGGAAAGUAAAACGGUCCUUUCACUAUUCACGAAAAAUAAAAUAAGCAUCAGUCUCAUUUGGCAAGACCACGCAAGUUUGUUUUCCUUGUUGGCGAUCUCGGACACCACUUGAUGCGCUUCGGCCAUUACGGUUGAAAAUAGACAUCGGCGUUGCUAAAACGAGGGUGAGGGUAAGGGUGGGGGUGAGGGUAAGUAAGGGUGAGGGUGGGGGUGAGUUCUAGGACAGGGUGAAAGCGGUAUGGAAACAUGUCAUGUCAUGUCAUGACCUCUCAGUGUGAAACAUGCGGCUAAAAUGUCAUUUGCUCAGUGUAAAUGUAGAACCUUCCAGAGCAUAAUGUACCCAGCAGAUAACAACGACUUUAUUGGAAUAAGCAGCAAUUUGGUAUGACGUAAAAGUCGUGUAGACCUACCUCAGCCUUUUAUUGCUAUAAUAUUGUUCGCAAUAUCAAUUCAUACCCCAAAGAUAUCCCGACAAUCAUUCAGAUACGUUACAUUUGGAGACGAGCAAACUGUACAUCUAACACUUUUCCUUAAAAAAGGCAAAUGUCUUUUUAAUUCUGAAUGUGGAUGACUUUUCAAAUGUAAACGACAAGAGAAUCAAAGUAUUGAGUUUUUAUCCGAGCGGACACUUUGAAGCUCGAUGUCCAGUGGAUAAAAAACAUAUCAGUGGUCAAAAACAUUGCUUUGAUGCAGUGGAAAGCUAUUGAGAAAGUGAUUUUAAUUAAUAAAUAAUAAAAUAAAUUCUACGCGCCAUUGGCUGUCUAAACUUGAUAGGUGAUUGUCACUUUUCCUUUUUUUGCUCGCAGGCUAACGAUUUCAAUGAACAUUCGAUUAUUUUACAGAUAGUUCUUGCUCCCUGAAAUACAUCAAGCAUGGUUGCUAUAAGGAUGAAAGUAAACCUUCACUGAGGACUUUGAAAGAACUGCUAUUUCAAGAUCGAUACAAAGGAAAAACAUUCAGUGGACAAAAGAUAUCCUGGAAAAACUGGGCUACAUAUCUCCCGGAGUAAGUUAACACACUCCGCGUGAUCAGAGGCUUCCUGAUAUGAUAAGAAGUAGGGGAGUGUACGUCCUGCCGCCUAAUAUCUUCUCGUGAUGACGAGUUACUAAUACUCUGUGAGAUGAGAGAGAUUUUAGUAUUAACGUUUUGUGCACGCUCCUUAGCGAUCGCAUUUCGCUCAAAUGCGCAUAAAUUGAAAACAAAAAAAAAAUAUUUGGUGUUAAUUCUUCAUUGUUUUGGGUUAAAAAUUAAAAUUUUGUUUUUUACGCGUUUACUUUUACUCUGACCCCAUCUUUCUCUUAAAAUGACAUAAUCUAGUAACAAUUUUCAAUGUAGAGGAGCAAUGAAUCCUUUUUCGCCGUCAGUUCAAGUAUGAAGUAUUAAUGCCUUCGUUUAAUUUGCGAUUGUUACUCCCUUUCUUAUUUUUUAUAUCCUUUAUUAUAUAUUCCUCCAGGCUUGUUUGUCGGUGUGCAAUAGCCGCAUCCAAAAAAGGCUAUGUUUACUUUGGAAUUCAGUUCUAUGGUGAAUGUUGGAGUAGUGCAGACGCUGAUUCUCGUUUUCAUAUGUACGGAGCUACCAAUAACUGCGUCAACACAGACUAUAAUCCCUGCGAUGAUCAGGCAAGCAACGAGGCGUGUGCAGGGGCCAACCAUUCCAACUAUGUAUAUGAGAUUGUAAAAGGU